AUGAAAACGUUUCUGGACGAGAUAUCAAGCGCCACAUUCUUGGCCUUGCUGGAACGUUACGGUCCUUCCCAGCCCAAGCAUGACGCUGUUCUCAGCAAGAGUCUGUUCCGACCCAAGGAGAGCGGCUGGUUCUAUAUCCCCUUGGUGGUCCUGUGGGUCCUCCCUAUUGGUCUCGGAGUUGCGUAUAAAAGUGCUAUCGGUGGCGAGGUCUCAAGAAUUAUUGACCCAAAGGCUAUGGAUCCGAGCAUGGCUCUAGAGUCGGACAGGCUAUAUGGAUUGUUCCCAUUAGCGAACGAAAGCCUCACAACAAGCGCUAGUAACUCGCCGUAUCUUUUGACAAACGCCACGUCCGACUUCUUUUCGACUUCAGCGGUUGACGACAAUUUUUAUCCAUCAACUGCUUUCCCGAAGCCGUUCGGUCAUAAUGUCCUCCUUUUGGAAAACAAUACAGCCGCUGCACUUGAUCUUCCCAGGUACCCCUACAUACGAGCAAUGCAGAACAGAAUUAAGGACGGCGAAGGUUUGAUAAUCAAUGCCACCGUUCAAGCGUACAUCACUCGGCUGAAUACAACCGCUGGUACUCUUUUGGCGAACGACAGGUUUUGGAAUGACACUAUCGGCAAACAAGACAGAGGAAUGACAGCGUACACACAGUUCGCCAACGCAACGGCUCUCGGCAUGGUACCGUGGAUCCCGAACGGCGACGGCACCACAUCGUGCCUAUUGGGCUUUUAUUCCCCCACCCAAGUCCGUUGGUUCGAUUACUACAACAACACAAACGACCCGAGAGAGCAUGCAGAAAUUCAAGCUUUCCGAAAGUCUGCCAUGGCAUUUACUACACAUCGCACAAAAUGCACAGCCUCAUGGCGCGUUACCAGACAAUCAUUCCACCUUCAGCAUGGGAACUGCUCAGCAGCUGCAGCGGACAUGACGCCUCAGUCGCAGAUUUUCUUUGACAUUGUCCACUUUAGCCCUUUCACUCUUGACACCUUGCCUGUUAUCGGACUCCUUCUCAAAGAAUAUCCCGAAUGGGACAUUCGCGCCGGGUCUCCCUGGAGAAUGCCGUCCUUCGUUGUGGCGCUGGUCGGAUCGUACUGGGCACGCGGAGUGUUCAUGAUCCAAAAGUUGGCACCAAGGUCGGAAUACACGGACCUGAUGCAGAGUUGGAAAUACCACCCAUCAGAUGAGACCGCUGAGCUCUCGAGGAAGAUUCUCCAUCCUUACUGGUGGCUUUAUCUUGUUCUUGGAAUACUGCCAUUUCUCACAACAGCUGCGUUCUUGGCCAACCAAUUAUAUCUUUAUCCCAGGUCUGUCGUCAGAGGCUCUGGGUUCCAUAUGCUUUUAGGUGACACUGGAUCACAAGCCACGUCAUUUGUAAAUAGCAGUUCUCAGUAA